UCUCUGGCUGCUUCUCCAGCUCGGCUCUGAUUGAUGUGCGAAGUCUGAGGCUUCAGCCAGAGGUCGAGGAAUAAAUAGAUGCCGCUGCGUCCCAGGGCAGCGCACAUUGGGAGAGAGGAGCCGAAGGGGCGGGAGCGGCGCUCGGGGAAGCUCGUGGGACUCCACGAGGGGACUCUGACCCGGCCACGCGGAGAGGAAGGAGAGGCUCCGGAUCGAUCGAUCCCCGUGUCUGCUUCCACCGGGCGGGAGGAGACCUCGGAGCUGACAACUCGCUGUCCCGCCGGAAUCAUGCUGCUGCUGCUGCUGCUGCGGGCCGGGCUGCUCGCCCUGGCUGCCCUCUGCCUGCUCCAGGUGCCCCGAGGAGCCCGGGCAGCAGCCUGUGAGCCCGUCCGCAUCCCCCUGUGUAAGUCGCUGCCCUGGAACAUGACCAAGAUGCCCAACCACCUGCACCACAGCACCCAGGCCAAUGCCAUCCUGGCGAUCGAGCAGUUCGAAGGUCUGCUGGGCACCCACUGCAGCCCCGACCUCCUCUUCUUUCUGUGCGCCAUGUACGCGCCCAUCUGCACCAUUGACUUCCAGCACGAGCCCAUCAAGCCCUGCAAGUCGGUGUGCGAGCGCGCGCGGCAGGGCUGCGAGCCCAUCCUGGUCAAGUACCGGCACGCGUGGCCCGAGAGCCUGGCCUGCGAGGAGCUGCCGGUGUACGACCGCGGCGUGUGCAUCUCUCCCGAGGCCAUCGUCACCGCCGAGGGGGCAGACUUCAGCAUGAACCAAAAAAAUUGCUUAUAACAAAAUUGUAUUUUUUCAGAACGCUGCAAAUGUAAGCCAAUUAGAGCUACACAGAAGACCUAUUUCCGGAACAAUUACAACUAUGUCAUUAGAGCUAAAGUCAAAGAGGUGAAGACUAAGUGCCAUGAUGUGACUGUAAUAGUGGAGGUGAAGGAGAUUCUCAAGGCAUCUCUGGUGAACAUUCCGAGGGACACUGUGAACCUCUACACCAGCUCUGGCUGCCUGUGCCCUCCACUCCACGUUAAUGAGGAAUAUAUCAUUAUGGGCUAUGAAGAUGAGGAGCGCUCCAGGUUACUCCUAGUGGAAGGCUCUAUAGCUGAGAAAUGGAAGGAUCGACUUGGUAAAAAAGUGAAGCGCUGGGAUGUGAAGCUCCGUCACCUUGGACUGAGUAAAACCGACUCUGGCAUUGGUGAUUCCACGCAGAAUCAGAAGUCUGGAAGGAACUCCAACCCUCGGCCAGCACGCACCUAAAACCCAAAUUGCACAAAUAACAUCAAUGGACUUUCCGUGAAGACUUGCAUUGCUGGACUGGCAAAGGAAAAUUGCACUAUUGCACGGCAUAUUCUAUUGUUUACUACAAAAAUCAUGUGGUAAUUCAUGACAUUUCUCUUUCCUUUUUGUUUUUAAUCCCACCUUUUAAUGGCCUGGGGUUAGAGCCUUAAAUAAUAUUGUAUGUUUUCUAUUUUACUAAAUGUGGGGAAACUGAUCUUUUGCAAUAAUAGUAAAUUAAACAUGCUGAUCCCAGGACCUCUUUGCUCGAGUUCCCAGAUGUUAAUUUUGUUUUCUGCACUCAGAUUGGGAAUGUAACAGUGAUGUAAAGAGAGAUUUCUGGUAUACAAAGAAAGCUAGAUAUGCUGUGAAAUAGUCUCUUGCUGAUCUAAUUACAGUGUAUGCCUUUGGGCAUUCUCCUUAUGCUUAGAAAGUUCUAAAUGUUUAUAAAGGUAAGAUGGCAGUUUGAAAUCAAAUGCCGCACAGGCAAAGCAAUUAAGCACCAGGAAACAUUUAUGAGAUAAUGACACACAGGAUGACUUAUUUUCAAGAUUGGCAGGAAGCAAAAUAAAUAAAUAGUGUUAGGAGCCAGGGAAAGAACACUUUCUUGAUUGGGAAGCACAAUCAAAACCAGUAGCCUUGAAGGCAUGAACAGUAGUAGCCUUCCUCUACUGGCCAUAUGUUUGAUUUGUUCCUGAAUGCGUUAAUCAGCAGUAAGGAAGUGACUUACAAUCAGUCAUCUGCUAUUAUCACCAUAGUUCUGUAUAAUCUGAUUGUUUUCUAAACUCCUUAGUGAAAGUUUCUCUCUCAAUCUCUCUCUGUCUCUGUCUCUUUCUCCUUUCAUAAUAAAAUGGACUUGCUGUGUUGAUCAGGAAAAGAAAGUAUGUAUGCAUGUGUACCAAGGCUUUGUUUUUUCAAAGAUAUGUAGCUCUAUAAAAUGGAGUGGUUUACAGUACGGUGAAACAUGAAAAGUGUUUUCUUUUUCAAAAAUUUGGUGUGUGUGUGUGUGUGUGUGUGCGCAUGCGUGUGUGUGUUUCUAUAUUUGUGUGCAUGUGGGUUUAUGCACUCACACACAAACUUGACUAAAUUACAGGCCUGGGCACUAGUUUAGAAAUUAUUGUUUGGAUUUAUAUUGCUUAAUGCUUAGUUAAAAAAUGCCUAAUAAAAAGAAUUAUGGUGUCGGGACAGAGGUACUCUGACUUUUGAACCAAAUAUACAUUCUCAUUAUCCAAGCUGCGGUAAAACCCCCUGGGACUAUGGGAGGAAAUCAUGUUUUACUUCUUUCCUCCAGGCGGGUUCCUUAGAACAUGUGCCAAUCACUUGAAAGUCUCCUUCCCUGUGAUUUACAUGUGUGAUAUUCUAGAACCAACUUUCUAACUGGUUUGCUAAAAAUAAAAUGCAUC